GGCAUGUAAAUUCAAGAAAAUCCUCAAGCAUAGAGUGCAAUGACGAAAUUGGGCUCUGGGCCCCGUGUUUGUGUUCUCAGGCCGUGAGCGCGCCACACAAAUGGGAUGUUUUCACGUACCUGACGCCAACCUUCUGCGACCACUGCGGCUCGAUGCUUCACGGCAUCGCGCAUCAGGGACUCAAGUGUUCAGCAUGCGACAUGAACGUGCACAAGCGGUGUGAGGAAAGCGUGCCAAAUUUAUGUGGAUGCGAUCACACAGAACGUCGCGGUCGAAUACAACUGCAUAUAACUUGCUCCGGAAACAAGCUCACCGUCGAAGUAAAGCAGGGUCGAAACCUCAUACCCAUGGAUCCCAAUGGACUUUCGGAUCCAUACGUGAAGCUAAAAUUAAUUCCGGACUCGGAUAAUGUCAAGAAGAAAACAAAAACAAUCAAGUCUUCACUCAAUCCUGAAUGGAACGAAACAAUCACUUUUGAGCUAAAAGCCGAAGAUAAGGAUAGACGACUUUUGAUCGAAGUGUGGGAUUGGGACCGAACAUCUCGGAAUGAUUUUAUGGGUUCCUUAUCGUUUGGUAUAUCUGAACUAAUCAAAGCUCCCGCUAGCGGAUGGUUUAAGCUUCUGACCCAAGAAGAGGGCGAGUUUUAUAAUGUUCCUGUUCCCGAAGAGGGUGUGGAUCUUGCUGAACUCAAGACUAAGAUGCGAAAGACGUCAAUGACAAAAAAGACCUCCAUGACCCAAGAUAAAGACGUACCACAUAAUAUGGGAAAAAGCGAUGUAAUACGCGCCACAGACUUCAACUUUCUGAUGGUCCUGGGUAAAGGCAGUUUCGGCAAGGUGAUGCUGGCUGAACGGAAGGGCACGGAUGAACUGUACGCCAUAAAAAUUUUAAAAAAAGAUAUCAUUAUUCAAGAUGACGAUGUUGAAUGCACAAUGGUCGAGAAAAGAGUAUUAGCACUCUCGAGUAAACCACCAUUUCUCGUUCAGCUACACUCCUGCUUCCAAACAAUGGAUCGUCUAUAUUUUGUAAUGGAAUAUGUUAAUGGUGGCGAUUUAAUGUUUCAAAUACAACAAUGUGGUAAAUUUAAGGAGCCGGUCGCAGUAUUCUAUGCAUCAGAGAUAGCGAUUGGUCUCUUUUUUCUUCACAUUCGCGGCAUCGUAUAUCGUGACUUGAAGCUCGAUAAUGUCCUACUGGAUCAAGACGGACAUAUAAAGAUUGCGGAUUUCGGUAUGUGUAAGGAGGGAAUUACAGGGGACAAAACUACAAAGACAUUUUGCGGAACACCAGACUACAUAGCACCGGAGAUAAUUCUCUAUCAACCGUACGGAAAAUCCGUAGACUGGUGGGCGUACGGUGUCCUGCUUUAUGAGAUGUUAGUAGGCCAACCGCCAUUCGAUGGUGAGGACGAAGAGGAACUUUUUGCAGCCAUUACCGACCACAAUGUCAGCUAUCCCAAGAGUCUUUCUAAGGAGGCAAAAGAGGCCUGCAAAGGGUUUCUCACAAAAAAUCCCAGCAAACGACUUGGUUGCGGUUUUCGUGGAGAAGAAGACGUACGUAGCCAUGCAUUUUUCAGGCGUAUUGAUUGGGACAAGAUUGAAAAUCGAGAAGUUCAACCGCCAUUCAAGCCCAAAAUAAAACACCGAAAGGAUGUGAGUAACUUCGACAAGCAAUUUACAUCGGAGAAGACAGAUCUUACGCCAACAGAUAAACUUUUCAUGAUGAAUUUGGAUCAGACUGAGUUUAUGGGUUUCUCGUUCCUUAAUCCGGAAUUUGUUCAACACGUUUAAUUCACCCAUCUCUCUCUCUCUUCUCCUUCCCUCCUCUCUCUCUCUUCCUUUCUCUCUCUUUCUCGCUUUUUUUCACUCUCACAUUGUACCAAAUAUUUUAGAAAUUAUUAAUCAGUAUAAUUAAAUGGAUAAAAGGGUUUAGUAAGGUUCUGCCAUUUAAUUCAACGUUUGCCAUAAUAACUUCACUCUAAAGAUUAUGAGAUUGUUGAUUUUUUCAAUGUAUUCAAUAAUUCGCUAGAAUACUGCGAUCGUGCAGUAAUCACGCAGUCAUCAAAUAACCAUUAAAAGUAGGAAUGGAAAAAAUGAAAAGUUAUCUAUGAUAGGAAAUAUGGAAAUGAUAAUGACGAAUUUACACCAAGAAUAGGUUCGAUCACAACAUUAAGGUGAUAAGUAUGGAAAGUAUGACAGGUAUGAAAAAAUUGCAUAUUUCAUAAUAUACUUUCACUUUAUUACACAGAGAAAAUAAAUGCUAAAAAUUCUUGAAAAAUUCAUAAUAAAAAUUACCGUGAAAAUAGUAGUCUCGGGACAUUUUGUCAUUUGAAUUUCCUUGAUAAUAACAUUAAUCUUUUGUUUGUCAGAAAUGAAUUUUCCCAUCAGCAUGGUAAAAAAGUACAGCCAAUAAAUUUCUACAUAGAGUAUGGUAAAAUUUGCGUGCUCACUAUUAAAAUUUUAUAUAAGGUAAAUGUUUUUGAUCACCUUAGUACCGUACAUACUUGGCCAUCAAAUUUACAUAUUUGUGGCCCUAGUCAUUAAAUCUUUAAUCGUCAGAAAUUAAUUUUCAAACAAUCACGUAUUAAAAACUUUUAGGAAUAUUUUAACUAAUACUUUCGUAAUUAAUUGAAAAUUUUAAUAUCAAACAUUUCGACAGUUUACUUACUUCCAAAUUGAAUACCUGUCACCUGCAAACUAUUUCGCUAUAAUUAUAAUAUUAUCUUAAAUGUAGAUCUAUAAUAUAGACUAAAAUGUCAUGAUGUCCCACGAUUACCGUAACAAUCAAGAUAUUUUUUAGCAUAAAAUUCUCUCAGUGUGUCCUUUACUAUCGCCAUUCACAAUUAUAUAUUCAAUGAAUUACACAUACACAGACGCUCAUGCGUGUACUGACAUACAUGUUUAUUAUAUAUAUAUUGAGACGUUUCAUGAUUUUCGAGGAUUAGAAAUCACGAGAUUUUUUGAGGGAUUUGUGCACUGGACAGGCGUCUUGAUAGGAAAUAACACUUGAUCUUUAAGAUUAAAUGAUCUCGUUAUAUUGUCCUAUAAAUUACACUCUAGAAAGUCCUUAAAUUUCUAUUUCCACUGUCUCGCACACACGCACUCUUAUAAUUGUUUCCAGUUAUAUUAUCGUACCGUAGGCGACAAGAAGUGUGUCCGUUUACCUUGUCUGUUUAUUAACUUCUAGGAGUGGGAAAGAUAUAACUGGUACUACAAUACAGCAGAUUGCACAAUGAGUCCGAUGAUUCUAGGCCAGCUGAUGAUAGGGAUUAUAAUGAUUCAGAACCCAUAAAUGAUCACAAUAACCCCCGUUUUCCGAAUCUCUCAUCUUGAGGAAGGUUUAGACUCAGACAGCUAUUAAUCACAAUGAUAUUGGGAGCUGAGUCUUUUUAGGUGGGUUGCAUUGAGGUAAAUCUGCAAUCCUGACAGUUCUCUACUACAAUAACUUCACUGCAGGAUGACGCAGAGGUAUUUAGGAUGUGCUUCCUGAGACUAGGGGGUAUCACAAUGAUUCCUGAGCCCUGAUAAGGACUGCGAGGAGCUCAGACAGCUACUAAUCACAAUGAUAUUGGGAGCUGAGCUUUUUAAGGAAUGAGGCUUGGUGUUUUUAAUCGAUUUCCGAUAGCUGCGUCACAAUGACUUUUCUACAGAAGAUCUACAUGGAUAGCAGAUUUCCUGAUAUAGGGUUGAGACACAAUGCUCUCCAAGACCAGGAAUUGCCAAGGUUGAGUUCCCACAGUUUGCAUAACAAUAUUGUUUAUUGGUUCGCUCUGGAAUAAAGGAUAGAUUUCCUACUUACUUCUUGAUCAUUACACUUUCUACAUCUUUACUGCUUCUCGUCGUCUUUUGGUGUAUACGAGUCUUAACAAUGCACGAGUCGAGUCGGAAUCGGAUUCGAGAACAGUGUCCUCCUAUCGAGAAAGCCGAUGCUUAUAUCCUCGAGAAGAAUACGUUAUUUUCAGUGGGGAUAAUGAUUUUUAUUCUCCCAAAGUGUAACGUCGCUUUUUUUGAUUUGAUAAUUCAUUUGUUAUUUCAUUUGACUAAUUGGACUAGCGGUUUCUUCAAAUACCGGUUUACUAGUAUUUCUAUUGUGUCUGACGCAUGCUGGCUGAUAGCACCUGGGCACUUGUGUGUUUUGAUUCCAGUUACACGUUUGGAUUUUGGAUUCUCAGAAUUUUAAAGGUAAUAAGGUAAUCUCUAAUAUUAUUUGCUCAUGAUUGUCGCUGUGACUAAUUAUAGGGGAAUUAUGUAAUAUUAGGGAUAUAGAGGUCCUAUUUUUCCCUUUCCUUUAUCGGUUUCGCUGUGAGAGGUCGAUAGGAUUCUUGAGGAAUUUUAAGAUUUGAGGAGUUCUCUCAGAUACUAUUAUGUAUGUAUAUUCACAGUGCGCUAUGCAGUCUUAUGUGGGACUCUUAAUGUAUCCAUCAUCGGGAAUGGAUGAUUAGGAAGAAAAAAGGAUCAAAGAUGGAGGGGUAUAAGAGCGAAACGUUACAAUAUAUGUAUAUACACACACGCACACAACAAACAAACAAACAAACACACACACACACACAAAGUUUCUAUCAACAUUUCGUUAAACGUUGCACCUUACGUAAAGAUUUUUGAAAAAUUCGUAGUGUAGUUGACAAUACUGUAGACCAGUGUUGUAUUCCCUUUCACAGUGAAAAAUAGAGCUGAUUGAUGUCGUUUCGGUGUCGACUUAUCGCAGGGAUUCAUUAUUAUUCCGGAAUGAAUAACAUAUGGCUCUCCGAAAAUUGAUGAAGCCAAAUUGAAUACAUGGAGUUUGUUUUCUUUGAAGGCUCUUGUUUUCCCGUAUAAACAUAUCACGUCGCGCAAAAGAGAUAAUGGACAUAUGGCACAGUGAGAAAGGCGAGGUCGAGGAGAUGAAGGUAAAUGGUCAGAGAGGAGAUGUGAGGAUUAAGAAAAAGAUGGUGAGAAUGUCGAUGAGGAAGACGGCUGUGAUAUGCAAGGAGCGCGAUUGAUUACUCCCUGCAGUGGUUAUGUUUUACUUCACAUUAUAGUAAUGUAUAAUGUGUGUAUUGUAAUACAAAAUGGACAAUCGACUGCAUGCUAAUAUAAUCGUUGCAGUCUGCAUUGAUUGCAUGCGAAUUAUUUUUUCGCGACGAUAACGAGAAGUUCAGCAUACCACUGUAGGCAUAUUUCACCGAAACUUGACGGAAUGCUGUACGUUUUAAUAUUACAGAAACACGCAGCAAAGAGAGGCCGCAAAUUAAUGAAAAAUUAACAUAGUGUACAAUUGAAAAUAUCGGGGCAAACAGGUUUGCCGUGAGGCAGGACUGUUCGAGCCAUGCGGCGCGCAUCAUACGCAUUCGCCAUUGCAAAAGAAUUAAUUCUGUAGGGGCAGAACAUUCAAACUGAAAAUGCUUCAUAGUCCCAUGAUUUUUGCCAGUAACUUUGACACCAUUGAUUAAACGGUUUACGCCGAAUUUCAGUUACAGACAUAUCGCACUAAGUCUUUCGAUUUUUGUGCAUACGCUGUUUUGCAAUCAUACGUAUUAGAUUUCUUCAAAUGUCAUCUACAUCAGGGACUCAAGUUGGCGUUUAAAUUUCAAGACCUAUAAUUUUUCGAUUUGUCUGGAACAUUGCAUGGAGACGAUUUCGGCUAUGCAAAUACACGCACGCAUGUACGCACGACCAUUAUACAAAUAGACGAGGUAUACCCACUGGCUGUUCUGCGCAUUUAGACAUUUACGUUAUUGAACCCUCUUUGGUCUGACUGGCUGACCACUGGACCCUCUUUGUUCUGAUUGGCUGACUUUACGUAUCUUGUGUCGUCACGCCGCAACGUCAGUUUCAUUUUGAGGGGCAACCUCCUUACGAAUCGAAACGUAAAUAAGUCACUUCAAAGUAAAACUGAUGUCGCUUUGAUCGUAAUGUCAUUGGUCCCUGCGCGAUGUUGACCAAAAUACAAUCGGUAGGGGCUAUACCUCGUCUAUUUGUAACAUGCGCACGACGUAAGCUCGCAUCUAUAUUUUGUGAUGGCGAAAGCGUAAGUUAGUCCCGCAUGGAACGUGCGGUCGUACCUAAAAAGUAAAAAAAGUCGCUCCAGUUUCAUUUUACCCUCUCCGUAAGGCGACAUACUCGUAAUAAAUCCUGUUCGUUCGAUUCUAUUCUUGUACCAAUCUCAAAGAGUCUUCCAAGAAUAUCGCUAUCACACGUGUACACGUGCACCUUUUUCGAUGUACGUGUCGUGUCAUAUAAGAACAUUAUCCGACUGUCGUGUUUCUUAUUGUUAGUGCUCUUUCCUACUCUGUCAUCUGCCGCUCGCUCACAAUUUAAAUUCUCCAUUCAUUCGUUUCCUUUCUUAUAAAGAAUCUUCAACUUUCGUCUUUCGUCAUUUUCUUAUAAUAUUUUUCUUGUAGGGCUAACAAUUUCCAGAACAUAUUUUCUAGAUGAGCGGCAUGACCACAAAGGAUAGAUGUACUAUUAUUUAUUGGGGUUGCUACGAAAUGUUGUAUACAAUUAUACUUGAAAUAGUUCUUUUUGAUUGUGAAGAUAUUGAAUAUGUCUGAGGUGUUGCAGAUGACGGUGAUGAUAGUCCAAAGAUUCUCAUCCGAAAAAAUGUACGUUGACGAAAAUUCGGAAACGGAUAAUAUUCACGGAAAAAACGUGGGGAAGAAAGUAACCACGUAACUAUAAGUGCUUCCUCAGAGAAAUCUUUUAGUAUGAAAACUACUGGCAGAGCGGUAGGUUCGAUAAGAUGAAUCAAUGAGCCAAUGAACUACUCAAAAUCCAAUAAGAAAAUAAGACAGAAGCCAUCACACACCGCGAGAUCUCUGAAGAAAUCGAAACAGUCUUAUUGAUAGAUAUCUUGAGACGUGUAAUGGGCAAAUUGGCUAAUUUUCCCGUUUGCAGAUAAGUCAGCGUUGUUGUUCACUUACACUCUUACUUAUCGAGGAAUACAUGAAAAGGUUCUGAACCUUUACGUUUAUUAUUACGAGUAGCACAGCAAUUCCAAUUGUGAAAAGAUCUGCUCUUUCUAUAAGUUAGAAUCUAUUGAUCUUAACGUAUCCUAAGUAUAUUAUAUAUUUUUAAGAUGUUUUGUGCAUUUAUAAUAUGGUAAUAAAGUUUCGAGUCUUGUCGUCUUACAA